AUGGCAGACCAUGCACAAUGUCAGCAAAGGAGGAUAGGAUCCAGUAAUAAUAAUGUUAUAAUAUCCACAUCUGGCACAUCAAAUACGCGACAAAAUACAGGGGCAGAUUUUGAGUGCCCGGAGGAGUUUGGCUAUUAUCCUCAUAAGACUGAUUGCACCAAGUAUUACGUAUGUGUAUUUGGCGGCGCUCUGCUCGAGUCUUGCACAGGUGGACUGCAAUACAGUCACGAGUUGCAAACAUGCGAUUGGCCUAGGAAUGUGGGUUGCGAAAGUGCGAAUGCUGAGGUCAUAGAUACCACAACGCAGAGGCAAUCCAGUCAACAACAAAACAAUAACAUACAACAAUUGUCUCGGGUAAGAUUUGGAACUCAGCAAAAUUAUAAUAACAAUCAGCAAUCUCAAAUAAUAGUAAACAACAAUCAACAAAAUCAACAAUUUAUUGCUGACCAACAAGAUGUGAGCAGACCAAAUCCUCUGUUAGUCAAUAAUGGCGAUUAUGUAUCAAAUAGUGGUGUAAACCUAAGACUGUCACCAAAACCAGUAGUAACAUCACGAGGUGAACCCAGAAGGUUGGCAAUCCAGGAGAGCUUAGCAAAGCUCUACUCUGACGCAGAAUCUGAUGAUCUGACAAAUAAUAGAAAUCGUCACAACAACCAUGAUGAUGACUCUGGUGACGAUGAUGAUGAUGAGCUCGAUGACGUUAUCCAGAGGGUGUACCGUGGGCAACCGUCAACAGUCGGUCAAGUACAACGCGACAGAGACGGCCUUGUUUUGCAUACCAACGCAUUGCCUACCCAAGGUAAAAUUGGAUCGUUCUCCUUUGGUACUCAGGUUCAGCAACCAAUUCAGCAAUAUAGAGUUGAACAAAACCAAUACAACACGGCUCAAGAUUCUUCCAAAAGGACCCAAAAUAAUCAGAGAACGGUCACCUACAACAAUAAUAGAAAUAAUUCGACUAAUUCAAGAAAUUAUGCGACGCCAUUUGACCCAUAUUAUUCUCUGUCAGUCUACGAUGAAGAUGUAGAAAUAUAUAAAGAUCAAGAUUAUUCUCCAAGACCAGCGGUUGUGCAACAAACAUACAGAACACCAGCACCAAGCCAAAGCCUAAACAUUCAAUCUCAUCAUUCUUCAACAACAUUGAAAAGUGUUAGCUACGACAACAGUGCCAAUUCAAACUACAAUAUAAAUACAAACAACCAAAAACCAAGUUAUGAUAAUAGACAAGUUUACAAAAAUGAUUACGACGAGAUUGAUGACCAAAGUUACAGACAACCAAUUAAAACUCAAACCAGCGAAAAUGCACCGGUAAAAAGUGCAGUAGAGGAAAAAGAAGUAGAAAUUCCUGAAGAUGAUUUAAUAGAUCAAGAGGAAAGUAUUGAAGAUGAUAUUAAAGUUCAGGAUAAAAAUAUUGAAAUUCAAGAUAAAAAUGAAGCAGCACAACAAUCCACAGCUAAAACACGCACUAGAACAAGAGGUAGAGGCAAUGCUCAUUACACUACAGGAGAUUUAAUCGAAACUUCAAUCACUCCAAACAACAAUAAUAUAAACAGAGGCACACCACCAAAUCGUGGAUCUAGGCCGACGUUGAAACCAUCUACUUCAAUCAUUGCGCAAGCUCAACAAUUUGUGGAUAUUUACCGUUAUCCACCAUCAAGACCACCAGCGAUAUACCCAGUUCCCACACCAGACAAACCAGCCGCAAAAUGCCGAGCGGAUGUUUGCUUAAUUCCCGACUGCAGUUGCGGUGGAAAAGAUAUACCAGGCAAUAUAUCAGCAAAAGAGACACCACAAAUUGUCUUAUUGACAUUUGAUGAUGCUAUCAACGAUCUCAACUCAGCCAUUUAUGAGGACCUCUUCGAAAAGGGUCGUAAGAACCCAAAUGGCUGUCCAAUUACAGCAACAUUUUAUGUUUCACAUGAAUGGACAGAUUAUUCUCAAGUGCAAAAUCUUUAUGCUGAUGGCCAUGAGAUGGCUUCGCACACUAUAUCUCAUAGUUUUGGAGAACAAUUUUCGCAACGAAAGUGGGCGAGAGAAGUUGCCGGACAACGAGAAAUUUUGGCGGCUUAUGGUGGAGUGAGAUUGGAGGAUGUACGAGGAAUGCGCGCACCAUUCUUAUCGGUUGGAGGGAAUAAAAUGUAUAAGAUGUUAUACGAUCAAAACUUUACCUAUGAUUCAAGUAUGCCGGUUUACGAAAACAGACCCCCAAGUUGGCCGUAUACAUUGGAUUAUAAAAUAUUCCAUGAUUGUAUGAUACCACCAUGUCCCACCAGAAGUUACCCAGGAGUUUGGGAAGUACCAAUGGUGAUGUGGCAAGACUUAAAUGGUGGAAGAUGUUCCAUGGGUGAUGCAUGCAGUAACCCACCCACAAGUGAAGGAGUCGUCAAAGUACUCAGGAAAAAUUUUGAAAGACAUUACACCACAAAUAGGGCACCAUUCGGUUUAUUCUAUCACGCGGCGUGGUUCACUCAACCUCAUCACAAAGAAGGAUUUAUCCAGUUCCUGGACGAACUGAUACAGAUGCCGGACGUUUACCUGGUGACAAAUUGGCAGGCACUACAAUGGAUAAGAGACCCGACUCCACUAUCCAGAAUGCACGACUUUGAACCUUUCAAAUGUGACUAUAGCAAUCGUCCAAAACGGUGUAACAACCCAAAGGUUUGCAACCUCUGGCAUAAAUCUGGAGUGAGAUAUAUGCGAACGUGCCAACCUUGCCCCGAUAUCUACCCAUGGACUGGCAAAACAGGCAUUCGAUCAUCAAGAAUAGACAACGAUAUCGAAGAUUAACUACAGAAAACCUGAAACGAAAUUAACUAAUUCCAAUUAACAUUUGAAGGUUGCACAAAUUUCGUGUAAAGAAAAUACAUUCCAAAA